AUGAUUGAUGACCAUAAGGCGAGUGAAAUCCCGUCCCAAGCCGGGCAUGAAGAACUGCCGUACAGCCAAGCCUCGUCGGCCUCGCCCUCGGCCGGCUCUCAGCUACCAUUCGCGCUACCCGAGGCAUCGAAGCCAACGCAUGCAUUCUCGAGCACCUCGAACGAAGAUUAUGUGCCGGAGCUGGCUCGUACCACGUACUCGCUCCGCAACUCUUACGGACCAGAAGUCGUCAUGCACGCUGUCGAAGGUGAUCAAGCCUUCGCCAAAAAGAGCUGGGUGCCUCAGAACAUAGAGAGCGAGGGCCUGGAACCGGUGCCUCGGAAAUUGGGAAGCGAGGGCCUCGAACCUCUGGCGACCCUUCAUCCAACAAAGCCGGGCCUGGAACCUAGGGCAACCUUUCUUUCAGAAAAGACGGGCCCGGAGCCUCUGGCAGCCCUUCAAUCAACAAAACCGCAUCGCUGGACACGACGGCGGCGGGUGAGUGUCUGGAUUGCUGUCGUUGUUUUCCUCAUCGCCGCUCUCGCCGGUGGACUUGCCGGUGGGCUCUCCAGCCGCUUUGGGGAUUCACGCUCGGAAUCAUCACCGGCGAUAGCGCCAGCAGGCAACUCAAGUACGCCAGGGUUGGCAGGGAAUAUCCGAUCAGGUUCGAGGUUAUCCAUUGCUGGGUGGCGAGCUUCCAGUAACACCUUCAAUACGCAUCUGUUCUACCAGGACCGUGACGACAUCUUUCGUCAUAUGGAAUACUCUAGCGACGUUGACAGCUGGCAGGGCCCCAGGAUGGCUACAACGUAUGAUGCGCUGGCGAAAAGCCCAAUGGCAUGCACCUCAAUAAUGGUAGACCAACCUCCACAAGUUGAGCUCUUCUACCUGAACUCGUCCCUUCUUGUUACCGGGGAGAACUUCCGAGAUGGGUAUACCCUACCGGAGGGCGGUUAUGACAGCAUCGACGAUAAUCCAGUCGGAACUGACGACGCGUCGAGGCUUGCUACGUAUUGGCCAUAUGUUGUAAUGCAGGACACGGGCGGAGCUUUGCGACAGAUUACUUACGGGUGGUGGAAUAGUACGAUAGGCAUCUCGGGAUCAACUGGGACCGGGAUGGCCAUCGUUCCCCAGACUGCUUCGUACGAGUCUCCUAACACUGCCGGCCUAAUUUAUCGAGGGACCGAUGGGAACUUGGCUGGGCAAUGGUUAGGGUACAACCAGGCGGCAUCGAAGUGGGACAUCGAUACCGUUCCGAUACCCGAAGAUUCAGCCAUCGGCGCAUUCGCGGUUGCAAGACCGAAUGACGCGAGCAAUGCGACGAUUAUCUACGUCUUGUACCAAGACUCUUCCAACAGCAUCCAAUACAUGUCUUACGACGUAGGCUCGUGGACAAAGGGUUCAUCAGAUUCCGCCCUCGCUAACGCGGAUCCUGCCACGGACAUCACUUGCCUGACGGAAGGUGUCUGGCCGGGUGUAAAUAUGAUCACGGACGCCUACGAUAUGAGUCGGUGUUAUUUCAUGUAUCAGGGGCAAUUGAAGCAGGUGUUGUUCAAUGGUACAGGCUGGGAGGACUUGGGCUUCGUGGACAUACCAUGA